AUGGACAUGAACAAGCCCAUCUUUCCAGCUCCGCCUGGAUACAUCGUCGAUGUCGAUAACCCCCAAAGAACGGGCGAGGCUGCUAACUUCUGGAUUGGCACCCUGGGCAUGAUCAUCGCCGCAAUCUUCAUGGCUAUACGCGUCUACACGAAGGCGAGGUUGGCGAAGAACUUUACAUCAGAUGAUAUCCAAUACGGCCGCGGCACUCUCGGCGUCCACAUCUGGGAACUAACUGGCCACCGCGUCAACUCUACCAUGAAUUUGAUCAGCGUAGCGAGCAUAAUCUACUGCCCCUUCCUCGCCAGCGCCAAACUCUCCCUCCUGCUCUUCUAUCUCCGCCUCUCUCACCUCCGCUGGUUCAAAUCAUGUGUCUACGCAAGCAUUUUCCUCGUCGUCGGCUACAACAUCGCCCUUGUCUUCCCACUCAUCUUCGCGUGCACGCCUUUCUGA